GCAAAAUUCAGAAAACUUGGUGAAACCACUCUGUUGUCCAAACUUCAUAAUGACCUUACUGACAAGUUGGAUAUCAGUCCUAACAGCAUUUCUUCUUCUUUUACAUUUUUGGAGAGCAAAGACAUAUGCUUCUGGAAAUCCAGAAGAGGAAAUAGAUUACACAUAUGUUAUUAUAGGAACUACUCUGGGAGCACUUCUGUCAAUUGUUUUUGUAGCAUUAAUCAUCUGCAUGAUCAAAACCCAAAUGUUGGACCAUGUCUCUGGAGAGUCAGAUGGCAAAAUGGAUAGAAGGUCAAACAUGGGAUCAAGCCAAAACAGAGAUGACAUCCAUGUACUGGAAAACCUAAGUACAAAAGAUCAAUAACCCUUUUGCAAUCAACAGUUACCUGGUCUGAGGAUCAAUAGAAGUCUCUUGUGCACAGGCAGAAAUCUUACCAAUACCAAUUCCUUUCUUUGUUCUUUAGUUGAAAGGUUGAUUGAUUGAUUACAGGAAGAGCUUAUAGUGCAUGCUAACUUCAGUCACUUGCACCCAAAAAGCCUGCAAUGCCCAGCAGCAUGUAUAUGAACAAAAUGUAUGAAGAAAACAAAAUAGAUGAGUUCUGUUCAUUAAUAGAUCCUAUUUAGUCUGUGAUAAGUAUAUGAUUGAUUUCUAAAAUCAGUUAAAUACAAGGUAAUAAAAAAGGUAGCAAUAUAAUUCAGGAGCAGAAUUCAUGAUCACUCCCAUAUUUCAAGAUAGGUUAAUAAUGACUGCACCAAGUUGGAAAAUCAUUCAUUUGAAUUUGAAGCAACACAAGGCUUCUCAAAUUUUUCAGGAAAUAUAUGUUUUGUGUUAAUAGAAAAACAUUCAGCCAUUUUAAAGUUUUAUAUUUUUAGAUUUAGUAAUGAUGUCUUUUGUCUGUAGGUGGUAGUGCUGAUUUCAGCCAUUUUAAAUGAAUUAUGGCCAUUUAAAAUGAAAAAUUCCUUUUGAAAUAAUGUUUUUCAUGUUUUGUUGACAUUUCAUGUCAGCACUGUGCAAACAAGCUAAUCUGACAUUUCCAGAAUUAACCCAUCUCUAUUUUUUUAGUAUAAGAAAAUGCACUAAGUUCAAUUAGAAUUUGUGAAUAAUUUCACAGAAUCUUCAUUCUUGUUCUAGCUUUGUAUAUUCCAGUGUACUUGAUUGCAUCAAAAUUGCUUGCCAGUUACAAGCUUCUUACAGCAGGAGUGACAAAAAGAAAAUUUAGAGCUUUGUCUCAGAACAUUUAGAAUAGUUUAAAUAAUUUUAAAUAGUGUAAACUCAAGUUACUUUGUAAACAUUUCCAAACUUCUACUAUAUUUGUGAGCCUCUGGCUUUGGAAAACAAUGCUGUAGAUUCCACUCUAUUUAAUCCUCUUCUUUCAAGACUGCUGUAUGUAACAUAUUGUCAUUACAAGGUGCGAGAAAAGCAGGAAGAUUUUUGUAUUCCAAGCCAGGCUUUCCUUUCUGCUUCUGAAGACAGGGCAGCAAAUCCCAGCUGUGGGAGCUCAGGGAGCACUUGGCCAGCAGCAAUGCCACGCUGGGCAUCCUCUGCUAUUCCCACAGCAAUUGUAAGACUGAAGUCUAACCUAGAAGUUCUGUGUGUUACUAAGAAAUAUCACUCAAAAAAAUCAUGGAAACCAGAGCCUCCUAUCCAGUAAUCAACUUUCAGAUCAUAAAGAGCUGCAAUUAACCCUACACAUUAAAGGCAGAGCUGAUGUGCUGUAUCAGGGACUUAGAGUCAACAUACUGUUAGACCGUACAAACAGAUAUAUCAGAAUUUUGUUUUUAUAAAUAAUAAGCUACUUUACUACUUGAACUGUAACUGAAGAGAUUUGAAUAUGUUUUUUUUCUGACCUUCACAAAGCAGAUAAUUUUUCAAAUGUGCAAAGGAAAUUGGAUAGUAAUUUUUCCACACAUUUUGAAUAACAAAAUGUAAGGUUUAUUUUGAGAGAAAAAUGGUAUAUUGGUGCACUUUCUCUAGAUUCCUACAUGUGUGUUACUCAUUUCAGUAACACUGUAGUUCAUUAGCACCAUUUGCUAAGAGAUAAACUAAAGCAGUAAUGUAAUACUUGUAAGUAAUUGUGUGUACAUGUGUAAGUGAAUAAAGCAUCUUGUAAGGUA